UUCCAUUUGCUUUCCAUCUCCAUCUCCUGCUCUCUAUCUCUAUUUUGGUCAACCAACCACCAUAUUUAAUUACCUUCACCUCCUCCCCUCUCCCUCUUCUUUAUAAGCCAGCCGGCCGGCCCUUAUAUCCCCAGCUCAUUACUCCAAUUUUCUCCACACGCUAAAACCAUGGAUAUUGAAGAAACCCAGCUUCAUCGCUGCCCAUCUGAUACCGAUCUUGAUUUCAGCUUCACCUCCACUGCCACUGACCGCACUUUCGCCUCCUCAAGUGCACGUUCUAGUCUAACUCUCAGCUUCAACGACGGCCUUUCCACCACCACAAUGACAACAACAAGCUCUCUCCACCACCGAAAAUGUGAUCAGCAUUGGUCAGCUAUAAAAACAGCCACCAGCCUCUCAACAGAUGGCAGACUCCACCUCCGCCACCUCAAACUCCUCCGUCAUCUUGGUACCGGAAAUCUUGGCCGGGUCUUUCUCUGCCAACUUAGAGACUUCAACAAUGCAAACUUUGCUUUGAAAGUUAUGGAUAAAGAUUCUUUAACCAAGAAAAAACUAUCUCAAGUUCAGAUGGAAGGUGAGAUUCUCUCCAUGCUAGACCACCCUUUCUUGCCUACACUCUAUGCCCAUCUUGAAGUCUCUCAUUACAGCUGCCUUUUGAUUGAUUAUUGCCCGAAUGGAGACCUUCACUCUCUGCUACGUAAACAGCCUGCUAACCGGUUACCGGUUCAGGCUGUUAAGUUCUUCGCUGCUGAGGUCUUGGUAGCUUUGGAGUAUUUGCAUUCCCUAGGUGUUGUUUACCGGGAUCUAAAGCCGGAGAACAUAUUAUUACGUGAAGAUGGUCAUCUAAUGUUGUCUGACUUCGAUUUGUGCUUCAAAGCUGAUGUUGUCCCCACUUUUGAUAGAAGGGUCCACAGAAAAAGAAUGGCGGGGUCCAUGAGAAGAGGGGGUGAUUGUUUUGGUACGUUUAGCCGGAGGGGAGUAGUGGAGGAGGAAGUGGUGGAGGAGGAGUUUGUGGCGGAGCCCACGGAAGCUUUGUCGAGAUCAUGUGUUGGGACCCAUGAGUACUUGGCUCCUGAGUUGUUGUCUGGAAAUGGUCAUGGUAAUGGAGUGGAUUGGUGGGCUUUUGGGGUUUUGGUCUAUGAAUUAUUGUAUGGAACGACACCGUUUAAGGGAGGGAAUAAAGAGAGCACCUUGCGCAAUAUAGCAUCGAGUAAGCACGUGAACUUCCAUGUGAUGGCAGGGGAAGGUAAAGGAAUGGAAGAGGCUAAGGAUCUGAUCGAGAAGUUGUUAGUCAAGGAUCCAAGGCAGAGGCUAGGGUGCACCAAGGGUGCCACAGAUAUUAAAAGACACCCUUUUUUUGAUGGGAUCAAGUGGCCUUUGAUAAGGAACUAUAAGCCACCUGAGGUUCGGGGGCUUGUGGCAAAAAAAGGGAAGAGCCACUCAAGUGGUCACGUACUAGGGGGUGCUUCAUCCCCUAGGAGGAAGUGUUGGUGGAGGCUGUGGAAGAAGGGUGGCGGCGGUCUUGGCAACUUGUUGAGAAAUAAGGGAUCAAGUCCAAGAUAUUAUCUUUUGAAUAACAACCAACAUUACAAUGGUAAUUAUCAUCAUUAUAAGGUUAGGAAAUGUGCUUAGUUGAUUAAUCAGUAAGGGUAUCUCAAAUCAUACAUUUAGCUUUGAGGACUUUGUAUAAUUAGAUCAUAGAAGGGUGACGAGAUAUGUCAAUUUUGGAGAGGUACCUUAUUAUUUUUCUUUUACACACUGUACAUGGAUCGGAUUACUAUUAAUGAAGAUUCAUACUUUUAGUUGUUGAA